UUCCCAAGGAAGGGUGGGAAUGGGGUACAAAGCGGGCUGGAGGCCUAGGCUCAGGCGAGUUGUAGGAGGGAGCUCUUGCGAAAGCUAAGCGGGCGGCGCGGGUUCGGCCUCGGUGCAGACCAAGCCAUUUCUGGGAGGAGAAUGGAGUUGAAAAAUGGAACUACACUGUAGAAGGAAUGCAGUUUCACACGACUUUCGCUACCAUCGCUCAAUGCUAUUGAAUCCUAGGGGUUGUAGUCUUACAAGGCAUUUUCUCUCCUUUGCUGUUGCCUCACCAAAUUCCAAACCUCAUACUUCCCUCUCAUUGAGCCCUGGCAGUUCAAGUGGUCGCAAAGCAAUAUUAAUUCCCAAUAGAGUUUUGUGGCCGCUAUACUAACGGCGCUUCAUGCAGUCAUGCCGGCCACAUGACCUUGGAGGUGUCUACGGACAACGGCGGCUCUUCGGCUUAGAAAUGGAGAUGAGCACCAACCCCCAGAGUCAGACAUGACUGGACUUAACGUCAGGGGAAACCUUUACCUAUACGGUCACUAGCGAAAUCAUGGAAAGGUACAUUGAGAGUUGAUCUCGGGCGACGCACAUGAUGAUUUGAAGCACCAUGCUGAUUGCUGCCUAUGUCGCUUUUGCUUUCCUCCUGGUGAUAUGCAUCAGCUUGGAGUUCUCUGCCUGCCGCUCCAAGCUCACCGGCAGGUCUUGCUCCAACCCAGCCUUUCUGCGGUUCCAACUAGACUAUUACCAGGUCUACUUCUUGGCUCUUGCAGCUGACUGGUUACAAGGUCCAUAUCUUUACAAACUAUACCAACAUUACCAUUUCUUGGAGGCUCAGAUUGCCAUCAUUUAUGUCUGUGGCUUUGCCUCAAGUGUGUUGUUUGGGCUGGUCUCCAAUUCCUUGGUGGACCGUUUAGGCCGCAAGAAAUCCUGCAUCCUUUUCUCCUUGACUUAUUCCAUUUGCUGCCUCACUAAACUCUCCUGGGACUAUUUUGUGCUUGUUGUUGGGAGGAUAUUAGGUGGCCUUUCCACUGCCUUGUUGUUCUCUGCCUUUGAGGCAUGGUAUGUGCAUGAACAUGUGGAGCGCUAUGACUUCCCAGCCGAGUGGAUCCCUGCCACUUUUUCCAAGGCUUCCUUCUGGAAUAGUGUCAUUGCUGUUGGAGCUGGGGUGGUAGCCAAUGUCUUUGCUGAAUGGCUGGGCUUGGGUCCCGUGGCCCCCUUCAUGGUCUCCAUUCCCUUCCUCAUGCUGGUUGGAGUUCUGGCUAUAAAGAACUGGGAUGAAAAUUAUGGCAAGAAGAGGGCAUUGUCCAGGACUUGCACAGAUGGCUUGAAGUGCCUCCUCUCUGACCGCCGCGUCCUGCUCCUGGGGACCAUCCAGGCCUUAUUUGAAAGUGUCAUCUACAUCUUUAUUUUUCUCUGGACGCCUGUCCUGGACCCCUACAACCCACCCCUGGGCAUCGUCUUCUCCAGCUUCAUGGCAGCCAGUAUGGUGGGCUCAUCACUCUACCGCAUUGCAACUUCAAAGAAGUAUCAUUUGCAGCCCAUGCAUAUUCUUUCCCUUUCAGUCCUGAUGGUUUUCUUCUCUCUCUUCAUGUUGACUUUCUCUACCAAUCCUGGGCAAGAGAACCCUUCGGAAUCAUUCUUGGCCUUCCUGCUCAUUGAGCUCUCCUGCGGGCUCUACUUCCCUUCAAUGGGAUUCCUCCGGCAGAAAGUGAUCCCUGAGAAGGACCAGGCAGGCGUGAUGCACUGGUUCCGUGUUCCCCUGAACCUUCUGGCCUGCUUGGGCUUGCUAAUUCUCCACGACAGUGACUAUAAGACAGGCACCCGGAAUAUGUUCACCAUCUGCUCUGUAAUGAUGGUGAUGGCCCUUUUGGCUGUUGUAAGCCUCUUCACUGUGGUCCGUAACAACACAGAGCUCCGGUUGCCCAGUCCAUCGGGUCAGACUGAGAGCCCUUCUCCUGAGCUCUGAUGUGUUGUGAACCUUUGGGGGAGAUGUGCUCUAGUCAGCUGUCCAUAACACAUCAUAGCACUGAAACUGUAUAUAGGCAAGGACUCUGCAAAGAGAACUCUGAGCCUCUACUGAGUCCUGAGUGUCUCUUUUGCCCAUGAAUGGCAAUGAAGAAUACAGACAGCACACAUCAACUUAACUCAGUCUGUAGCAAGCAUAUUUUUCCUUUUGCAGCCUGGAGUUAACUGACUUUUUGAAACCUCUUGACCUCUGCUAGCAAAACUUGGGGAGGGGAAACUGCUUUCUACCACUUCAUCCUGGAUAGAUGGUGGCAGGUAAUGGGUUAAAAAAGACACAUCUCUCUUUUUAAAAAUGAACAGGAAGGUUGAUUAGUUGAUCAUCCAUUUCAAUAAUGCCAUCUCAGCCAAGUUCUAUAUUAUUGAACCUCCUGUUCUUUUACAAUAAAAAAUGUACAUGUAACACA